UGUCUCUCGCGAUGGGCAGAGGUACGCAGCUCCUGCCCGCGCGGUCACCCACGAGGCUGACAGGGACCCGCUGCCACUACCCUCGACUGAGCUGAGGUGAGAGGAGUGGAGCCGCGCCGCACCACACCACAGCAACCGCCCCUGCGCUAGCGUCUCCCGCCCCACUAUGUCACCUCCGGCUGCCGCACGGCUUCCAGGCUACGCGCUCAGGGACGCGCCCCGGGAAGCGGAAGCCUCUUGAGGCGGUGGUUCCGGCGGCGUCGUUGCUGGGGGAGGCGAGAGCGGGGCUGUAGCGGAGAGGCGAGGCGGGUCAGGCCAGGCCAGGCUCUGCCGCUGCCGCCGCCGCUCCUCCUCCCGGCCCCUCCUGACUUUUCCUCAGCGGGGCCUUCCCUCUCGCCUCCGCCAUGCACCCUGUUUUCCAGAGCAGCCGGCGCGACUUCACCUUCGGGCCGUGGAAGCUGAGCGCCGCCCGGACACACAUCAUGAAGUCAGCGCAGGCCGAGAGACUUGCUGAUGAAUUGCACAUGCCUUCCCUGCCAGAGAUGAUGUUUGGAGACAAUAUCCUAAGAAUACAGCAUGAUCAUGGUUUUGGAAUUGAGUUCAAUGCAACAGAUGCUUUAAAAUGUGUCAAUAAUUGUCAAGGUAUGAUCAAAGUGGCUUGUGCAGAGGAAUGGCAAGAGAGCAGGAGUGAGACUGAGCACACAAAGGAAGUUGUCAAGCCAUAUGACUGGACUUACACAACAGACUACAAAGGAACAUUGCUGGGAGAUACUAUGACAUUAAAGGUUGUUCCUACAACAGAACACAUAAAUACAGAGAAAUUGAAAGCCAGGGAACAAAUUAUGUUUUUUGAAGAAGUGCUUCUGUUUGAAGAUGAACUUCAUGAUCACGGAGUAUCAAGUUUGAGUGUAAAAAUAAGAGUUAUGCCUUCCAGCUUUUUUGUGCUGUUGAGGUUUUUCUUGAGAGUUGAUGGGGUACUUAUCAGGAUGAACGAUACAAGACUUCAUCAUGAGGCUGACAAGGCCUACAUGUUGCGAGAAUAUACAUCCAGAGAAAGCAAAAUAUCAAGUUUAAAGCAUGUUCCACCUUCCCUGUUCACGGAACCUAACGAGAUCUCUCAGUAUCUACCCAUAAAGGAGACAAUCUGCGAAAAAUUAGAAUUCCCAGAGAAGCUGGAGCCAAAACCAGAAGCAUCACUGGAAACCAUGUGUGUUAAGUCUAAAUAAAUGUGACUUUACAUGGACUCAAAGUAGACUGAAGAUAAUGUGAUCAUGUAACCAUUGACCUGUGGGGUGGUUUCACUACUAGUGGAAUAAAGAAUUUGGCUAAUUUUUCUGUAGCCCUGAGAGAAAACAUUUCAAACAA